UUCCUCAAAAAUUUUGGACAUUCAUUUCAUUUUCAUUUCUAGUUUCUACCAUCCAAACAGCGGAAAAAAAAAAAAAUCUAGAACCCGAGAGUCAUGGUUUCUACGAGGAGGAGGGGAUCUAUUCCGGGUAACAAUAGCAAGAGAUCUUCCUCCGGGGAGGACAGACCUUCUUCUCCCAAGCGUCAAAAGGUGGAGAAUGGUGCCGGAGCAUCGGAGAAGCCGCCACCAGAUGAGGAUUCCAAGGAACUGUGCACGCCGCCGCCCGUGGAUCCCGGAGAAUGCGGUGCCGGAGACACUCCGAUCGCUGGAGAUGGCGUGAAGGGGGAGUCCUCCCCGGCUAUGGUCGCGGUGGCCCCACCGUUUGCCGAUGGUUCUAUACCGAUUUUGCCGGAAAAGCCAACAAGUUUCUCUGUCUGGAGUAUGUACGAAAACACCGACUCCUUUGGUGCAGACUCCUCUCCCAGUCUGCGCAAGUAA